AGUGCCCGUCCUGCAGCCGCCGGCGCCCCUCCGCGCCCGCCCACGGCCGCUCUGCCGCUGCUGUUGCUGCUGCCUCCGCCGGCAGCCCGCGGGCAAACGCCCGACGCAAGGCGCAGGACCUGUCGCGUCCUCCCGGGACAGCCGACGCGCGCGUAGCCGCCCACCCCGAGGGACUCCGCCUGUCAGGCGUGUGUUCGUACCGGCGUAGCGCGUGCACUGCGAGGAACGAGCGAGCACGCACCGUCUGUUUUCCUCGUGCAUGUGCCAGCGACUGUGCCCUCCCGAGUGAUGUCCCUCGCGGCAGCUGUCACCGUGCGCUCUGGCAUUUCAGUGACAGUCCUCUGAAAAGUGUUGUUUCCGAGCUUGCUGGAAGGUAUGAAGAGGAAAUUUGUUUACUGAUUCUCUCGCCUCACGUUCCUGGGAGGUGGUACGUCUUAGUGAUACGUGGUGAACCGUGUGGGAACACGUGUGUCGAAGUGACGGUAGCGAAGUGACAGAUGAAUUUAGCUCGCGCUUAGGAGGAUUCGACAGUCGCCAGGCUUACACAAGCUGAGACGAGGAAGCGAUUGCUGACCUAGCAAGACGGCAACUUCGUCUUAGAUACGGUGAGCAGAGGGCCCGCAUGUUGACUUGACGCCGUUUCUGGGAGAGCUGAGUCGUUCCUCGUUCACGAAAGCAAGUGCGCGGCCGCCAGGAUGCGUGGCCGGCGCGCGCUGUGGGCGCUGCUGUUGUUGCUGCUGCCGCCGCUGCUCGUCGCUAACUCCGUAGACAAAGGGAGGCGAGAGAUGCCACACCGGCACUCUGAGUGGCAGCAGCUGUGGUACUCCAACUUCGAGGAGUUCCAGCGGCUGACGGAGCCCACGUUCGACAACAACACAGUCAGCAACGUGACGGUGCAGCUGGGCGGCACCGCCUUCCUGCACUGCCGCGUGCGCAACCUGGGCGAGCGCACGAUCUCGUGGGUGCGGCGACGCGACUGGCACAUUCUGACGUCGGGGCUGUUCACCUACACCAACGACGAGCGCUUCCAGGUGCUGCACGCCGAGGGCUCCGACGACUGGACGCUGCAGAUCAAGUACGUGCAGAAGAGGGACAACGGCACCUACGAGUGCCAGGUGUCCACGGGGACGGGCAUCAUGUCUCACUUCGUCAACCUGCACAUCGUGGUUCCCGAGGCGUUCAUCCUGGGCAGUGGCGAGCACCACGUUGACGUCGGCAGCGGCAUCAGCCUCGUCUGCAUCAUAGAGAAGAGCCCGACGCCGCCGCAGUACGUGUUCUGGUACCACAACGACCGCAUGAUCAACUACGACACGGCGCGCGGCGGCAUCUCGGUGGACACGGAGCCCGGACCGAAGACGCAGAGCCGGCUCACCAUCCGGAACGCGCACGACUCCGACUCCGGCAACUACACGUGCAGCGCCUCCAACACGGAGCCCGCCUCCAUCUUCGUCUUUGUGUCCGAAGGUGACAAGAUGGCGGCCAUACAGCGGAGGAAGACGUCGUCCGGCUCUGACGUGGACGCCGUGCUGUGGUUCGUGAUCCUGCCGCUACUGGCGCUAGCUGCCAGAUAAGUUCGUCGCCCGCGACGAGCCACGAACCCCUGACCGCCGCCUGGAGGCCGGCGUCAGCCUCUCUUGUCGCAUCGCCGGCGAUGGCGCCAGUGCCAUUCUAAACAAGAAGUUUUUCACCAGUCGUGACUUUUGUCCCCCCUUGUGCCACAGAAGUAUUUCACUAUUGCUUGUAUUCUGACCCGAUCCCAGUGUAAAUGUAUUUUAAGGACAAUACCGGAACUGUAAUGAAUAGAGUAUGGACUUGCAGAUGAUUCUCUUUCGUAGGUUUUAAUAAAAUGUUUACUGAAAACUGAGACUCUUGACUACAGUGUAAGAGCCGCCUACAUCGUUCGACGAGUUCUCUGUUCGUCACAGUUAAUCAUUCUCUUCUGAAGCAGAGAAGUCCGAUGGGAAACUUAGAGGCCCACGUAAGGAGAAGAAAUUUGAAAUCCUGUACAUCAAUAUUUUAAUUCGAUGUAACUGUUACAAAUUUUAAACUUUAAGCUUCAAUUAUUGACAUUUAAAAACAUUUAAUUACAUUUAGGAUACUAUAUUCAAACGUUGUAGCCACUCUAAUUUUCUUCUUCGUUAGCUUAGCAUCAAUUAUGUAAAGACCAUAAUUUUUAUAUCCUAUGUUAUCAUGAGUAAAAAAAAUGUGUACAUAGCAUCUAGAUAUAUUGAUUCGUAAAGAAUUCCAUUAAAUCUUGAACUGGUAAAUAUUUUUA